CUUUCGCUUACACACGUAUACAAUAGUUUUCUGAAGGCUGUAAUAUCAAAUCACGGGAAAUGGAGCAAGAGCUCAUUGAAUUGCUGCUUUUUGCUAAAAAGGCGCUUUCGCGGGGUCAAGCCAUUUGUGCACAAGCAAACGAACUAUCGAACGAAUCGGAUCAACAUGCAGAAAUCAUUGAGCGAACGUGGCCCAAAAUCUUGUUUGUACGAAACCACAUUUUGAUACAACUGAGCACCCUCGAGCGAAUACGUGAGUUUCUCUCUGUCAAGAUUGAAGAAGUGCGAAGCUGCAUCAAAGAUCGGGAAGAAACGUUCGCCAAAGUAUCGCUGGAUUUACAAAACACAUUUCAAGUACUGGAGAAAUGUCAUAUUGACGAAAGCAUCUUAAGAUAUAACAACGAACAAGGCAAGCAGACGACUCUUUUCGACUACAUUGAUCAUCAGUCUGUGCUGGAGCUACAAAAAUUGGCAGAUGAUGAAAUUGGAGAAAUAGAGAACUUAUGCUCAUCGCUAAUGUCAACUGCGAAAACAUUAUCCAAUACCAUAUCCGAACUGGCAUCAUUGCAAGAAGCUGCAUUGUCGAUCUCAUUGGACGAAUCAGCUUCCGCCUUUUCGGACGAGAAGGCACAAAUCCGAGAAAAUAUCAUUUCGAAAAUGGCAGAAAUUCUGACAAGUUUAAUGUACCAUUAUGACCAACUGGGUGACGCUACUCGGUUAUGUCAAUCGGAUCCAGAUGCUCAGUUGGAUAUUUCCGUAUUACAAAGAGAUCAUGAUCAAGUACCGGUGAUAUUGGAAGAACUGGAUGAGUCUUUGGAUAUAGUGGAAUCGAUCAGUGAGGAGAUGCGAGUACGAAUGCAAGUAUACUCGUCUGUCCAGGAAGAACUCCUGAAAGUGCUACUACAGCUAGAAAAAUUUAGUACACCUGGUGGACAGGCAGAUACUAUAAGUGAAAAAAUGAUAAACGCGGAGGGGGAAAUGAAAUCUCAUGAGCAGAAAUUGGCGGCUUUUUUCAAGGAACUGAUGUCUCUUGCUGACUGGUAUCAAGUAUAUGCUGCUUCGUAUAGUCACCUUGUCCUCGAAAUCGAAAGACGAAGAAAGGCAAUGGAAAAGCAGGAUGAGCUCUAUCGAGAACUGAUCAAGUCUUUCGAAGACUCUUAUGAUGAUGAAUUACAAGAACGUAAUCGAUGGUUUGCACAGCAUGGAGAAUAUUUACCUGCCGAUUUAUGUCAAUUUAUGAUGGACCCACCGUCGCGACUAUCUGUACAAAUAGAUGAACAGCCAAGGAAGCUUCCCGAGCUAUCCAAAGCAACCAUAAGAAAGGUAAAUUUAUGUUCAAGUGCUGGGGGAAUGAAUUUGACAUCAAACUCAACGCGAGCAAUUUUAUGCGCAUAACAGGCACUGGCAGAUAUACACGAA